AUAUUUAAUCUUUUUGAUGAUGAUGCCACUGGAAAGAUAACUUUCAAAAAUUUAAAACGUGUCGCUAAAGAAUUAGGUAAGAAUAUUACCGAUGAUCAAUUAAGAGAAAUGAUUGAAGAAGCUGACUUGAAUAGCGAUGGUUCCAUUUGUUAUUUCUAA